CAAAUGGUAGGAGAAAGUCAUAAUUGAACACAUGUUCAAUAUUUUGAAGAUACUGUACAGGUUUGUGAAUGAGAAGUAUGUAAUACUGGUGGCAUUGAAGCCUCUUCAAUGCAUCUAAUGCAAGCUGAGGCAGAUAUCAAUUCUCUUUCAGGUGAAAAGUUUCCCAGCAUUAUUAUUAGAACUUGACCUGGCUGAGAGAUCGUUCAAAGUAUUCUAAGAACAAGGAGAAGAAAGAAGAAGAAUUUAAGAGUUGAUACUAGCCAAUUAAAGAUAGCUCCUAAAUAACCUUGAAAGCUAUUCUUCAGUAACCUCCCCACAUUAUGUUUCAAGUAAGGCAAGUUCACCAAUUAGUCCUCUUAAGAAAGCUAUCAAAGGUAAAGGAAGAGGUAACAAAAUAGCCAUUUACAACCAGAUAACUCUCAUCGUGUCAGAUUAAAAGGCACCAAAGAUGGCAAUAAUUCUAUUUUACCAGACAUCACUCAAAGCGAGAUGAACAAGAGAAUUAUUCAAAGGAACCUCACCAGGAUCUUUAACAAGCGUAAGCGAAGAUUAAAAGGAACCAAACUCGCUCUUAAGAAAGGGUUUACAAGCUCACAGUUUUGAAACUCUCGGGAUGGCUCAAAAGAAAGUGUCAGAAGGAAAAAUAUUCGAAUUGGAAAUAUUGGAAAUGGCAAGUCAAGGAAGAAAGUACAAAGUCCUGAACCCAAGAGGGCUAUUCAUGUUGGAGGAUCUUCAAAUUCUGGGCUUAUGAAUAAUUCAUUUAAACAACGAAUAAUUCCAAAUCAAGAAAUAUUUUCAGAGAGACAGAGUUAUUAUAACUCUUCAUAUAUCAAACAAUCUCAUCAGGUGGCAAGUAUUUAUGAAGAAAAUGGCAGCAGCUACUGUCAAGGAUCUUCUCCUGGGAGUCCUAUCAAAUCCUCAGGAGCAGAAGCACGAGAUAGACAUAACUUCAAAGAGCAAUUGAGUAGAAAAGCAAAUAAAAUUAGCCCACUUUUCAAACAAAACGACUAUAAUAAGAAAGUUUACUCCAUGGUUCGGAAAAACAUAUCCACUCCUUACAAGAGUAAAGGAGAGGUGAUGACUCGCAACAACUUCAACACAAGAGGAGUCAUGUCAGCAGGGGAUCAGCAGCUCCAAGGACGGUGACUAUCCCAGCCUAAAAGGAAGGUCCCAAAUCCUCACAGUACCUUCAAGCUUAUGUCAAAUGCAUCACAGAAGCUAAAGAAUAGGCCUGAAAUUUUUGGAUUCCAGACUCGUGGAGGAAAGCUCAGGAAAUUCAAGAAUAAUUUGUAUAAGAAGCUGAAAUACUCCAAUACUCAAAAGGCACACGGAAAGUCAUCGAUACAUUACGAUAUUUCGACUGGAGAACAGAGGAGAUUUUCAAGAGUGAGCAAGCUAGAACCCUAUAAUUUAUUGGCAAUACCUAACAUAAGUCCAGAUUUCUUCUCAACAAGAUAUAAAAACAGCAAUGCACCAAAUCGAAGCUUUACUAAUUCAACUUCGAAAUAGAAAAGUGAUCAAUAAUUAACUUCAGAAUUUAUUAAAAGUCAACAUUUACUAGCUCAAUAUAUACUUAUUUUAAACCUCUUUCAGUUCUAAAACUUCAGAAAAUGUAAUAAAC